AUGCUUCUCACUACAGUUGUGCCGAUAAUACCCGAAUAUCUCUUGAGACUUUCGCAUCCGAAUUCAACAGAUUUGUUGCUCUACAAUAAAGUAUCAGUAACAGAAACACAACAUUCAAUUAUCACUAGUAAUAACAAUAACCGACAAAGGCGUCAAACAUCAAAUGAGGAUUAUUAUUACGAGCCAAUUUUAUGGAAUGAUAACGCUUGGGAGAUACCACUGAAUGGUGAAGAGAGUAUAAUUGACUGGCAACAAAGUCCACUGAAUCUAGCAAAAUACACUCACAACAAAGAUAGUUUCGAAUCAAAACAACGAAAAGGAUCUGCAAAGGGUCCGUUGCUGAAAUCUUCUCAAAGAGCCAAUAGUUAUCGCAAAAAUAACAAAAAUAAUCGUCGUCUUCGGUUUACAACAACAACAACAAGAACCGUUCUGAGUGCAGCUGCAAGUGAAUCGAAAUCGUCAUCAGUCAAUUUCUCACCAAUGCGCUACACGACUAAUCAAAAUCUUGGUGACAACAUCAACAAUAAUGAUAUUGAGAAACAAUUAGAAGAGCAGCCAACUGAAGAGGAAGCACGUCAACGUCACGAAACACUUGCUGAAGAGAAUGUUCAUGUCGGCUUAAUGUUCGGUUCAAAAGCACUAAUUCAACUGCUCACAAAUCCGUGGAUUGGCCCAUUAACUAACAAAAUCGGAUAUACAAUUCCAAUGUUCGGUGGAUUCUGUAUAAUGUUUGUGUCAACGAUAAUGUUCGCGUUCGGAACGUCCUUCGGAACGCUAUGGUUUGCAAGAGCACUUCAGGGUAUUGGAUCGGCAUGUACAAGCACGUCUGGAAUGGGUAUGCUUGCACAAGCUUAUCCGGACGAUUUGGAGCGCGGUAGCGCCAUGGGUAUCGCUUUGGGUGGUCUCGCGUUGGGUGUCCUUGUCGGACCCCCAUAUGGUGGUGUUCUGUAUCAAUGGUCCGGAAAAGAAUUACCUUUCUUGUUGCUUGCCUUAUUGGCACUUUUUGAUGGAUCAUUACAAUUCUUCGUGCUCCAACCUCGUGUCGAUCGUGGUGAGCAAGAAGGAACUGCAAUCAAAGAACUUGCGAGCGAUCCUUAUAUUGUUGUCGCAGCUGGUGCAAUUACGGUUGGUAAUUUGGGUAUUGCAAUGUUGGAACCAUCGCUACCAUUAUGGAUGAUGGAAACAUGGGAAGCUGGCUCUUUUGAACGUGGCGCUGCGUUCCUUCCGGCGAGUAUCUCCUAUCUUAUUGGUACCAAUAUCUUCGGUCCACUCGCUCAUAAAAUUGGACGAUGGCUGAGUGGGUUCAUCGGACUUCUCAUCAUUGGCGUUUGCCUUCUUAUCAUUCCAACAGCUCGCGGCAUUGGAGGUUUAAUUUUACCGAAUUUCUUCAUGGGAUUUUCAAUUGGUAUGAUCGACGCAUCAAUGUUUCCGUUGAUGGGAUAUUUAGUCGAUUUACGUCAUGUAGGUGUCUAUGGAUCAAUAUACGCGAUCGCUGAUGCUGCUUUCUGUUUUGCAUUCGCUUUGGGACCGUUCUUCUCGGGACCGUUAGUUCGAUCUGUUGGGUUCCCAACAAUGAUGUAUUUGAUAGCGAUUAUCAAUUUCGUGUAUGCUCCACUAAUGUUUGUGCUAAGAAAUCCACCAGCACUUAAUAAGAUCAACGAAGUUUUGCACGAUCCAGACGCACCUACUGUCGCAUUCAAUACACAUUACGAAAAAGUUGAUGGAGAAAUUAGUGAGACGAGCGAUGUUAGAAGGAUGCAAGGAUAUCAGUACGACUACUGA